AUGAGCUGCAAGAUAUUUGAAGCCGAAACGUCCUUUAUUAUCUAUCUAUCUAUCUAUCUCAGUCUGCUCAUAUGUAUGUAUGCAUGUAUGUAUCUAUAUAUCUAUAUUGUGUUAAUAUCUAUGUCAAUCUGUUCAUUAUCUAUCUAUCUAUCUAUCUAUCUAUCUAUCUAUCUAUCUAUCUAUCUAUCUAUCUAUCUCAGUCUGCUCAUAUCUAUCUAUCUAUCUAUCUAUCUAUCUAUCUAUCUAUCUAUCUAUCUAUUUCUAUUUCAAUGUCUGUCUGUUCAUAUAUCUAGUAUGUAUCUAUCAUCUAUCUAUCUAUCUAUCUAUCUAUCUAUCUAUCUAUCUAUCUCAGUCUGCUCAUAUGUAUGUAUGCAUGUAUGUAUCUAUAUAUCUAUAUUUCUGUUCACAUCUAUCUAUCUAUCUAUCUAUCUAUCUAUCUAUCUAUCUAUCUCAGUCUGCUCCAUAUGUAUGUAUGCAUGUAUGUAUCUAUAUAUCUAUAUUGUGUUAAUAUCUAUGUCAAUCUGUUCAUUAUCUAUCUAUCUAUCUAUCUAUCUAUCUAUCUAUCUAUCUAUCUAUUUCAAUCUGCUCAUAUGUCAGUCUGUUCACAUCUAUCUAUCUAUCUAUCUAUCUAUCUAUCUAUCUAUCUAUCUCAGUCUGCUCAUAUGUAUGUAUGCAUGUAUGUAUCUAUAUAUCUAUAUUGUGUUAAUAUCUAUGUCAAUCUGUUCAUUAUCUAUCUAUCUAUCUAUCUAUCUAUCUAUCUAUCUAUUUCAAUCUGCUCAUAUGUCAGUCUGUUCACAUCUAUCUAUCUAUCUAUCUAUCUAUCUAUCUAUCUAUCUAUCUAUCUAUCUAUCUCAGUCUGCUCAUAUGUAUGUAUGCAUGUAUGUAUCUAUAUAUCUAUAUUGUGUUAAUAUCUAUGUCAAUCUGUUCAUUAUCUAUCUAUCUAUCUAUCUAUCUAUCUAUCUAUCUAUCUAUCUAUCUAUCAGUUUUGUUAAUAAGCGACAAAAACGAAUAUCUAUCUAUCUAUCUAUCUAUCUAUCUAUCUAUCUGAGUCUGUUUCUUUCUUUCUUUCUUUAUUUCUUAGUCUGUUUCUAUCUCUCUAUCUCAGCCUGUUUCUAUCUAUCUAUCUAUCUAUCUAUCUAUCUAUCUAUCUAUCUAUCUCAAUUUGAUCAUUAUCUAUCUAUCUAUCUAUCUAUCUAUCUAUCUAUCUAUCUAUCUAUCUAUCUGAGUCUGUUUCUUUCUUUUUUCUUUCUUUCUUUCUUUCUUUUGUUUCUUUCUUAG